AUGAUGGACAAAAUUGGAAGAGGGAGGUGGUCAACAGUGGCUGUGCUAGCGUGGUUAAUCUUCUUCGUAAUUUUGAAUCCUCUUAAAGGCGUUUAUAGCUAUACAGAUAGCGAUGUAAACCCUACCCCAGGCGAAGCUAAGAGGGAUGUCUACUCGGUGUGGGCCUUGCCGCCGGUGGAGCUGACGCCGCGGCUGAAGAAAAUGAUGGAAGACCUCAGAUCGGAGUUCGCCGGGCCCCAGUUCGAGCCCCACGUGACGGUCGUCGGCGCCGUCAGCUUGACCGAGGCGGAGGCCCGCGACAGGUUCGCCAAGGCGUGCGAGGGACUCAAUGCGUAUGGUACCACCGUGGAGAAAGUCGCCGCCGGCACCUUCUUUUACCAGUGCGUUUUUCUCCUCCUUCAUCCGACGCCUCAGGUGGUGGAGGCUAGUGCUCAUUGCUGUGGUCAUCUCGGUUACAAGAACUCAACUCCGUAUAUGCCUCACUUGAGCCUACUCUAUGGGAACUUGACGGAUGAAGAGAAAAAGAGAGCUCAAGAGAAAGCUUAUGCUCUUGAUGAUGGCAUUGGCAAUUUAAGCUUCCAGAUAUCUCGUCUGGCACUGUACAAAACCGACACUGAGGACAAGAGCUGCAAGUCAUGGGAGAAGGUGGCUGAGUGCAACCUCAAGCCUUAA